AUGUCUUACUGCGAGCAAAGAAAUCCAUUUCUGAUAAUAAAGCUUAAGGCUUUGGAGAAGCAAUAUAUGAUGAUCAGCAAUACAAUACAGAUACUAAAUAAGAUCUUCAAUGUACAAAUUUUUAUUACAAUAGUCUUAACUCUUUUUGAAGUCAGUCUUGAACUGUAUAUUUAUGUAAUCAAGUGGCAUAAUGGAUUAGUUAUUAAUUUGAGUGAACAGGGUAUUGAUAUUUUUUUGUUAACCAUGAUUUAUAUAACUACAAGAAUGGCGUUAAUUUUUUGGGCUUGCGAGACUGGAAAGAAUCAGGCUCAAGAGAUCCGCACUACGAUUCAUGAUGUACUUAACAGCACCAGAGAUGAACAAAUAAAAAAUGAGUUACAGUUAUUUUCGUUGCAACUAUUGCAUUGCAAACAUACAUUUUCCGCCAAAGGUUUUAAUGUGGAUGCAACAUUUGUUACUACAAUGGUGGGUACCAUUACUACAUAUAUGUUAAUUUCGCUACAAUUCUUGAUCAUGUCAUAUUCUUGCGAAAAUCUGCAAUUAAUGUAA